AUGGCUCGGGGGGCCGGCGAGGCGGCCGUGGAGGGGGAGCUGGGAGAUGACAGCCUGUCUGUGAUAACCUGUGAAUCAGAUACAGAAACGAAGUUAAAGAAGAAAAUUUUUCACAAGCCUCCAAAGUCACCAAAGUCUCCAUACAGUUCUAGCACACAACUGUAUCCUAAAAAAGCUGCAGUUUGGCAAUCCCUGCAGGGAACAGGCAGUGCACGUCUCGAGAGUGCAGCUGUAGAAAACUCAAGGCAAAUGUGCCUGGGAUCACUGAAACAAGGAAUGAGCCAUCCUCUGAAAUCAGAUGUUGACAUGAGGCAUAUGCGAACUAACAUUUCUAGUAGCACUCCAGAAUACUUGAAGGAAGCUCUAGGAAUGAAGAAGCCAAAACAUUCUCGUUCUUCUAGUAAUGGCUACGUUCCUGGAACUCCUGACUACAAAGAAAAAGAAGAUAUGUAUGAUGAAAUUAUAGAACUGAAAAAGACAAUACAAGCUCAGAAAAAUGAGGGAGAUCGAAUGAAAACUAAGCUCCGUCGACUAGAAGAAGAGAACAAUAGAAAGGAUAAACAGAUUGAACAACUGUUGGAUCCUUCCAGGGGCUCGAAGCUGGCACGAGCUUUGUCAGAAAAGAAGACUGAUAAUGGAUGGAUGGUUAGUGGAUUAAAGCAGAAGAUUCUCAAGCUAGAACAACAGUGCAAGGAGAAAGACAACACUAUUAACAAAUUCCAGGCAGACAUGAAGACCACUAAUUUGGAAGAAAUGAGGAUAGCUAUGGAAACCUGCUAUGAAGAGGUUCAUCGUCUCCAACUCCUCCUGGCAAAAUCUGAGACUAUGAGGAAAAAUACAGAGGGCAGAGAUACCCAAAAACGACUAAAGGCACUGAAUGCUGCUGUCCUGAGAUUAUCCAGGAACAUCAAGGAAUUACAGAAUGAGAAUCGGAGGCUGAAAGAAGACCUAGAUCAUGUACUGAGCAGUUCUCCUCCUUCCAAUAAAACAAAAAAUUAUAGUGAGUGGAGCAGACAGAGGCUGGUGAGGCGGAUUUCGGAACUAGAAAAAAAAGUAUGUGCCAUGGAGAACACCAGGGUGUCAUCAGCAGAUAGCGAGUCAUCACAGUUACUUGCUGUGUCAACUCCGCCUUCUGUAGACCUGGAUCAUCCAGCCUCUCAACAGGUAGAUCACGUUGAGGAAUGUCAUCGCCUCCAGGGGCUAGUGAAGAAACUAAAGAGUGAUAGGAAGGCACUUCAAAAUCUCCUACUCAGUAAAGAAUUAGAUAUCAAACAGUUACUGCAGGCUAAGGCUGAAGUGGAGCUGGAGCUGCAUAAGUGGCAGAAUAAAAUGGAAGAAAAAAGUACAGAAGAGCAGACUUUAAGUGAGGAAAUCCAGAACCUGACACAGAAAGUAGGGAAAUUGGAGUCAAAAUUGGAGGAAGACAAGAGACAAAUGGCAGAAGAUACAAUGGAAAAGCUUAAUAAGCCUUCACCAGUCUGCACGGUUAAAGGCAAAGAAGAUCACAGGAAAGAACAAGCAGCCAAAACCAUCCAGAGACACUGGAAGAUGUACCAAAGCAAGAAAGAAGAAAUUGCUCUGGAUGAGGCAGUUGUUACGCUUCAGGCAGCUUUCAGAGGACAUUUAGCUCAACAGAAACUGUUACUGAAUAACAAGAUGCAUGAUGCAAAAUCUCACAACAAGAACUCCUGCAUGUCUUCCAUGUCAAACUCCUUGAGCUUGUCUUCUGGUUGCAAGGAGAAAGAUGAGAUUGUGACAUUCAUCCAGUCCAUUUUCAGGGCUCACUUAGCGCGUACAGCACUGCUUGAGGAGAGGCCCUUUGUGUCCAGUGCACCAAGUGAGAAAGGAGAUUCUGCAGUUUACAUUACAGAAAAGAAACCAGUCUCAGCAGCACUCCAGAGACUUCCUUCAAUCCUCAUGUCAUCUCUUCCUGACAGGUCCUCUGAGAAGCAAUCACAGCCUACUCCCUCUCUGUCCGUGGAUGAAGCUCACUCAGACGAUUCAGAUGAUAUUGUCAUUGUCUCUCCGUUGUUGCAGAUGAAGAAAAACCACAACCACUUCUAA